AUGUCGAAGCUCUCUCGGCGCCUGCAGACGCGGCAGCGGCAGGCUGUGCAGGGGCGCGGCCGGGCCGCGGCGACAGCAGGCAGGUUACGAGUGCGCUGCGACGCGCUCCGUGGCGCCUGCGCAGUGACAGAGUCGCGCAAGGUGGUUAAGCGGCGCGAGCGCGGCCGCGCACGGGGGAGCGCGGCGUGGAGACACCGGGCGCGCGAUCCGCGGCCUUCUGGGCCCCGGAACCGUGAGAAAGGUGUUUUCUUCUUCUGGGGGUUUGUGGCCGCGCCCCACGAUCCGGGUCUGGGGCUCCCGCUGGUCACGGGGGCUGCGCCCGCGCCUGCGCGCUCCGGCGUUUUCACCUACGGCACUGGGCACCGAGAGGCGCUCACCGCCUGCAGAGAUGAGUUUUGUCCAGUGGGGGAGACACUGCUGAGUGUAGACCGGGGCCGUGACGGACACUGUGUCCUGCUGACUGUCCACUCUCUGAGGUCCCGGGGCCCUGGAAUGGCCUUCCCCUCCCCUUCCAUCAAGUGGAGAGUGGCACACCAUUGCCAAUUGUUAAUUGUUGAGGACCAUGAUGGGGUCACUUCUCCAGGCCCUGGUGGCCGGGUGGGAGCGGGGGCUCCUCGCGCGCCACCCUCCGGCCCACGCACGGGAAAGCGCACUGGACCGAGGGCGCAGUGCGGCCUGCGGCCACAGGACGGCAGCACAGCCGCACCCCCGGCUCCGCGCCCCCGGGGCAGCCCAGACCACGCAGGGCGAGCCAGCGGCCCGGCCCCUGCCAACGGCCCGCCCGCGGUGGGGGACGCGUUCCUGCACCUGGGGGAGGAUUCCCGGCCACGGGCGGCGGACGAUGUCUCCAGACUCUGGUGCCAUCUCCAUCCAGCAUGGACCCACCGCAGCACGGGGGACAUGGGAGAGGGACCUGGUCCCUCAGAGGACUUCAGUGUCUCCGGCUGGGUGCACGGUGGCAAGAGCUUCAAGCAGGACCUUCUGCACGGAGAUCUCAGCUAUGACACCAGCUCUGGGAGUGCUCGAGGUGGCCGGGGCUCCCAAGUGGCUGGAACGGGGCAGCCCUGGGUCCUCACGGGACCCAUACACAGCCGAGUUGGAUCUGGCAGUUGCAUGAGCUGGAGCCAGUUUACCUGGCUCUGUCUCCAGUUUUACAAAAACCCACAGAUGACUGCGAGUGUGACCAGCCACGCACAAAGGGCCUCCACCCACCUGUGUCCUCAAGUGCUCCCCAUUUGUGCACGAAGGGUCAGCAGCACUUCUACGAAGGGGAAACCUCAUUUAAAUUUGAAUAAUUCAGCCUCCCUUUUAUUUGUCAGGAUCAAAACAACGAGGGGUGUGGGAUUGCAUAGAAAAUUGGAACCACAGAAACCAGGAAGGGCGCCUUUCAGGACAGAAAGUGACGCAGGAGCACCUCCCCCGGCCCAGGUCCCGGCGCAGCCCCUCCCCCACAGCAGGACUUUCGGAUUCGAAUCGAGUCCCCCAAGCUCGGGGAGGCUGAAGAGGGUCAAACGGUCCUUCAGUUCACUCAGCAAUUAGCACAAGAGAUUCACAGUCUAAUAGGUAUUUUAUAAAAAUAUAAAUAUGGGUACACUCUGUUGCCUUCACAACGCUGGAUACGAAGCCCUUUAAAAUUGGGUCUAUAACCAAGAUUCAAAAAAUACACCUAAAACUUGGCUUAAAAUACGUUAAUAUUUCAUAUUCUGUCAUAAAUGUUAUGACAUUUAAUCGUGGCAAAUCCAUUUACUUUUUAAAAAAGUGUGCAACCGACUGUUACCAACGAUAGAACGCACUAG